AUGGCAUCUUCAAAUGCUGGCCUAAGUCAAAGAAUUGUCGACUCUGGCAGGACUCUCGUACAGACGGCAUUCUCCAACUUGGCAUCCGACUCAGCCAUCCAUCCUCCUUUCGGAAGCAAACAUGCCCCUUCAGGAUUCGCAAAUUCACUUAGAGCGAUCAUCCCUACAGACUUUUCCAGAAAUGCCUCUGCUGAGGGCUUCUCGGGUGAGUCUUUCCGGAGUGCUUCAGGAUCAGUCAGGCGGGUCGAGAACGAAUACGAAGAUUUUGUGUCCGGUUUUGCGUCGUCCACUUCUUCGUCGAUGACAGGUGCGGAGAUCAUUCAUGGCUGGUUAGAGAUCGGCGAGGACUGCCAGGUUCAUACUGGCUGGGAAACGCUUCCGGCCCGGGAACAACCCAUCACAUAUACGCACCAGGGGAGUCUUGCCAACACUGCUUCAACCUGGGAACGAACAUCUCAGGGUGAAGUUGUCUACCGUCCGGACGGCCGACCUGAAUGGCGAUGGCGGCACGAAUGGCGCAGAAUCGACGUGGAGCUCACACAAGAACCUCGAGUGGCGAGCGAACUUGCCAGAUUCUCCAGUCAUCUAGGCAUUGAGUCGCGUGCGCCACGCUGCGAUCAGUGUUCGGCACUGGCCCGUUUGCAUCAGGUAAAGCAGCAUUUGGCUUUCUCGCCCAGCUCUGAUGGUACCAACCCAUGGCUACAGCAUUGGUAUGCAGGGCGCCAGGGACGAUGCGAUUGGACUCAGGACGACGUUUUCCGAUCAGCGUGUGACACGAGCAAAGAAGAGCCAGAGUGCUACUCUUUUGACUGCCAUCAAAGAGGUUGCCAUCAUACGUUGCUUCGCAUAAAUGAAAACCUCACUUCGGAAAUUCGACAACGGCUUUGCGUUCAUGAUGAGUGCAGCCAUAUAUCUGAGACCGCCGAGAGCUGGCUAAGACAUAUUACUUCGCCUCAUCAUCAUCAGCUGCAGAGCGAGAUGCUCAAGGACAUAAAGGACGAUGGGCAGAGUCGUUUGCUGGCCUCUCAGAGAGAAAGUGAGGCUGACCGCUAG